AUGUCAUCUCAACCCUCGACCAUCGAUCAAUUGAAGAAUACAGCUUCUUCCGCAUACGAGACUGUGGCCAACAGUGUAUCUGCGAUUUCUAAAGAUGGUGUUUAUGAUCCUGACCAAGACAAGAACAUGGUGGGAAAAGAUGCACACGGGAACAAGUUUAGGAAGGGCGAUUUUAAAGAUAAAUUGAAUCAAGCUGCCUGUGGAGGACAACCAGAAAAGGAAGAAGAAAGCCUGACAGAGAAAGCAUUUUCGUGGAUACCAGGCAUAAGCGCAUUACAAAAAUCAACUUUGGAACAAGGACCGGAGGAUACAACGGUGAAGGGCAAUGAAGCACCCCCAGUUCGGCCACAACACGAUGUGCCAAUUGAACAAUUUUUGAGAAAGCAAUAUCAUAGCAGAAGUGGGGAUGGGAUCCCAAACCCGGGGGAAGGUAAUUGA